AUGGAUAAAAACAACCAAUCAGACAUCAUUGUUGCUAAUCGUCGUAAUAAUUAUAUAAAUGUUUUCCUCGGCUCGGGUACCGGAACCUUCGGGAGUUACAGAUUGAGUUUCAAUAAAUAUAAUCUAACAUCUGAGGCUGUCGGCGAUUUUAAUAAUGAUAGUAACAUGGAUAUAGUCGUUGGCAGAGAUACCUCGAAUAAUCUGGAUGUUUAUUUCGGCUACAGUAACGGAGUUUUCGCUAACCAGACGACCUAUUCCACCGACGGUCCAGCAUCAUUUAUCGUUGUUAACGAUGUCAACCAUGACAAUCAACUGGAUAUUGUUGCUACUACGGCGAAUAAUACCGUGAACGUUUUUCUCUGCUCUAAUAACGGAAAGUUUGCCAAUGCUACUAUAUUUGCCGUUGGUAAUCUGCCACAAUCGCUAGCGAUUACUGAUUUCAAUAGAGAUCAACAUAUGGACAUUAUUACUACCAAUACGGGCAGCAACGAUAUAAGUGUUUUAUUAGGAGAUGGCACUGGAUGGUUUCGACCUCAACAGAGAUAUAAGACAGGAUCGACACCUUUUUCUGUCGCAGCGGCAGAUUUCAAUAACGAUGAUUUACCUGAUGUAAUUGUGUCGAAUCCAGGUGAAAACAAUAUUAUGGUGCUCUUAGGUACCACCAAUAAAAAUUUUGAUCGAAAAACAACACUCACAACUGGCCAAGGUUCUCGACCACGAUCUUUAGUUGUUGCUGACUUAAACAACGAUGGUCAAAUGGACAUCGGUAGCGCCAAUUCGGGCACUGAUUGUAUCAGUAUUUUUUUCGGGUCUGGUAGUAUGACUUUCACGAACCAAUCGAUAUACUCGACUGGUGCAGAUUCAUCGCCCUACUCGAUAGCAGCCGGUGAUUUCGAUAGAAAUAAUCAAUCAGAUAUGGUAGUUGCCAAUUAUAAAUCUGAUACUAUUGGCAUUUUCCUUGGCUAUAACAAUGGUUCAUUUACAAAUCAAACAACUUACUCAACAGGUUCAUCUUCAUCGCCUUAUUUCGUAACUGUUGGCUUGUUCAAUAAUGAUUCGAUACUAGAUAUAGUUGUUGCUAAUUAUGGAAACAAUAAAUUAGGAGUUUUUGUUGGACAUGGUGAUGGAACAUUUGAAGAUAUGAUACCUCUCCCGAUGGAGUAUGGAUCUCAUCCGUUUUCUGUAGUGACUGGUGAUUUUAACAAUGAUAAAAAAGUGGAUUUUGCUGUUGGAAAUAACGGCACAGACAGUCUGACAAUACUUUUACGAACUUGUUAA